AUGUUGUACGAGGAAGCUGAUGCAUUUGCCAUGGAUGACCAAGAUGCUGGGUGUAUUGAGGGACUUCAAAUGAACAUUCACUUAACUGAUGAUCAACCAAUCCAGAAGAACUAUUUGUCAAUUUCCAGACCUCUGUAUCCCGAAAUAAAGACUUAUGUAGAGGACCUAUUGAAUAGAAAUUUUAUACGGAAAUCGAAAUUACCGUUUUCCAGCAGUGUGGUAUGUGUUAGAAAAAAAGACGGUGGGUUACGAUUGUGUGUGGAUUAUCGAGCUUUAAACCAGAAAACUGUAGCUGACAUACACCCUAUUCCACGUAGUCAAGAGACACUAGACAACCUGGGAGGAAACCAUUGGUUCAGUGUCCUCGACCAGGGGAAGACUUACCAUCAAGGUUUCAUGGACAGAGAUAGUCAGCCUUUUACAGCCUUUAUAACCCCCUGGGGCUUGUAUGAGUGGACCAGAAUACCGUUUGGGCUAAUGAACGCACCCGCCAACUUCCAGAGAUUUAUGAAGAACUAUUUGGGAGACCUUCGAAGCAAAAUUUGUAUACCAUACUUGGACGACGUUAUUGUUUUCUCCAAGACCUUCAAGGAACAUGUGCAACAGCUACAGGAAGGUCUUCAACGGUUAAAGAGUCAUGGGGUUAAACUUAAGCCAAAAAAGUGUAACCUGUUUAAGAACGAGGUGUAA